CCAAAAAUGUAUAAGAAGUAAAGAAAUACCACAGAAAAUUUAAGAUUCAAUAAGAAUAAGAGACUUGAUGCUCUCUAAAAACAGGUCCGCUUUCUUCUCCCCUGUCCUGACACAGUGAAAUGGAAACACCAGGACCCCUCUCCUGUCAGCUGCCAAUUGGGGGGCAAUCCGUCCUCAUUUGUUCUCUCUCCAGUUACCUGUUGCCAGCAAUAUGUUCUGGGUGAUGAUAACAUUUGAAGACCUUGCUGUGUACUUCACCUGGGAAGAAUGGCAGAAUAUGAACAAAGCUCAGAAAAUCCUGUACAAGGAUGUGAUGCUAGAGACUUACAGCAGUCUGUUCUCCUUGGGACAAUGCAUUAGCAAACCUGACUUGAUCGUCAAGUUGGAGCAAGGUGCAGAGCCAUGGAUGAUGGAAGAAUGUCUAAAUCAGAGCCCUCCAGUGUCCAUAAAAAGGGAUGGCCUGCCUAGGAUCAACCAGGAAAGUCAGGACAAAAAUCUAAAUCAGAAUGUAAUGAAAAAUAAUAAGACAUCAACUUGCAAGAGAGCUGAAUUAAGAAAAACACUUAAUUUAAGUUUAAGCCAUAUUCCAAAACUGAUUAUUGAAAAGAGAAAUAGUGAACAUGGAAAAGCUACUUUCAAGAAAUCAUACCUCAUCAUACAUCAGAAAAUUCACACAGAGGUGAAAUCUCAUAAACUUUAUGACUGUGGAAAAGCCUCUGGCCAGGAGACAAACCUCAUAACGCAUCAAAGAAUUCACAUCGGGGAGAAAUCUCAUGAAAAUAAUGAAUGUGGAAAAGCCUUUUCUAGUAAGUCACAAGGCAACAAUCAUCAGAGAAUUCACACAGUGGAGAAACCUUAUGAAUGUAAUGACUGUGGAAAAGCGUUUGCUGCUAAGUUACAAUUCAUCAGACAUCAGAGAAUUCACACAGGGGAGAAACCUUAUGAAUGUAAUGACUGUGGAAAAGCCUUUGGCCAGAAGUCACAACUCAUCAGACAUCAGAGAAUUCACACAGGAGAGAAACCUUAUGAAUGUAAUGACUGUGGAAAAGCCUUUAGCAGGAAGUCAGUCCUCACCAUACAUCAGAGAAUUCACACAGGGGAGAAAUCUUAUGAAUGUAAUGAAUGUGGAAAAGCCUUUGCUAGUAAGUCUCAACUCAUCAAACAUCAGAGAAUUCACACAGGGGAGAAACCUUAUGAAUGUAAUGAAUGUGGAAAAGCCUUUGGCCAGAAGUCAGACCUCGUCAAACAUCAGAGAAUUCACACAGGGGAGAAACCUUAUGAAUGUAAUGACUGUGGGAAAGCCUUUUGCCAGAAGUCAGACCUCAUCAAACAUCAGAGAAUUCACACAGGUGAGAAACCUUAUGAGUGUAAUGAUUGUGGGAAAGCCUUUGUUUAUAAGUCAGACCUCAACAAACAUCAGAGAAUUCACACAGGUGAGAAACCUUAUGAAUGCAAUGACUGUGGAAAAGCCUUUAGCAGGAAGUCAGUCCUUCUGACACAUCAGAGAAUUCACACAGGUGAGAAACCUUAUGAGUGUAAUGAUUGUGGAAAAGCCUUUGUUUAUAAGUCAGACCUCAACAAACAUCAGAGAAUUCACACAGGUGAGAAACCUUAUGAAUGUAAUGACUGUGGAAAAGCCUUUAACAGGAAGUCAGUCCUCCUCACACAUCAGAGAAAUCACACAGGGGAGAAAUCUUAUGAAUGUAAUGACUGUGGAAUAGCCUUUAGCAGGAAGUCAGUCCUCCUCACACAUCAGAGAAAUCACACAGGGGAGAAAUCUUAUGAAUGUAAUGACUGUGGAAUAGCCUUUGCUGCUAAGUCACUACUCAUCACACAUCAGAGAAUUCACACAGGGGACAAAUCUUAUGAAGGUCAUGACAGUGGAAAAGCCUUUGGCCAGAAGUCAUACCUCAUCAAACACCAGAGAAUUCACACAAGGGAGAAAUCUUAUGAAUGUAAUGACUGCGGAAAAUCCUUUGGUUAUAAGUCAGUCCUCAUCAAACAUCAGAGAAUUCACACAGGGGAGAAACCUCACAAAUGUAAUGAAUGUGGAAAAACCUUUGGCCUUAAGUCAUAUCUUGUAGUGCAUCAGAGAAUUCACACAGGUGAGAAACCUUAUGAAUGUGAUAAAUGUGGAAAAGCCUUUGGCCAUAAGUCAGACCUCAACAAACAUCAGAGAAUUCACACAGGGGAGAAACCUUAUGAAUGUGAUAAAUGUGGAAAAGCCUUUAGCAGGAUGUCAGUCCUCCUCACACAUCAGAGAAUUCACACAGGGGAGAAAUCUUAUGAAUGUAAUGACUGUGGAAUAGGCUUUGCUGCUAAGUCACUACUCAUCACACAUCAGAGAAUUCACACAGGGGAGAAACCUUAUGAAUGUAAUGACUGUGGAAAAGCCUUUGGCCAGAAGUCAUACCUCAUCAAACAUCAGAGAUUUCAUACAGGUCAGAAACCUUAUGAAUGUAAUGAAUGUGGAAAAGCCUUUGGCCAGAGGUCAUAUCUUGUAGUGCAUCAAAGAAUUCACACAGGUGAGAAACCUUAUGAAUGCAAUGACUGUGGAAAAGCCUUUUGUCAUAAGUCAGACCUCAACAAACAUCAGAGAAUUCACACAGGUGAGAAACCUCAUGAAUGUACUGACUGUGGAAAAGCCUUUGGCAGGAAGUCAGUCCUCCUCAGACAUCAGAGAAUUCACACAGGUGAGAAACCUCAUGAAUGUACUGACUGUGGGAAAGCCUUUGGCCAUAAGUCAGACCUCAUCAAACAUCAGAGAAUUCACACAGGUGAGAAACCUUAUGAAUGUAAUGACUGUGGAAAAGCCUUUAGCCAGAAGUCACAACUCAUCAAUCAUCAGAGAAUUCACACAGGGAAGAAACCUUAUAAUGUAAUGACUGGAGAAGCCUUUGCUAGUAAGUCACAACUCUUAAAAAUAUUGAGGAAUUCACACAAGGGAGAAAUUCAUGAAUGCAAUGACUGUGGAAAAUCCUUUGCCAGUAAGUCACAGCAAAUCAUAUGUCACAGAAUUUACACAGGUGAGAAACCUUAUGAAUGUAAUGACUUGAAAAGCCUUGGCCAGAAUUCAAACCUCAGAUCACAUCAGAGAAUUCACACAGGGAAUAAGCCUUAUAAAUCUAAUCCCUGUGGAAAAGCCUUUGGCUAGAACUCACAAUUCAUUAUGAUUCAGAGAAUUCCCCCAGUGCAGAAACCUUAUGAAUGCAAUGAUUGUGAAAAAGCCUUUGGCCAGAAAUCUAACCUCAUAAUGCAUCUGAGUAUUCAGUUAAGGAGUAUCCUUCUGUAUGUAAUGACUAUGCAAAAUCUUUUGGUUGUAAGUCAAAACUCUUCAUCAGAUAAUUCAUACAAGGGAGAAACCUCAUGAAUGUAAUGAUUGUGGGAAAGCGUUUUGCUACUAAUUUUAACUCCUAAGACAUCAGAGAAUUCACACAGAAUUUCCCUCACAGUUACACAAGGGAGAAACUUAGGAGGAUAACAAGUGUAGAAAACCCUUUUGAGCUGGUGCUGUGGCUCAAUAGGCUAAUCCUCCGCCUUGCAGCACUGGCACACCGGGUUCUAGUCCCGGUCAGGGCACCGGAUUCUGUCCCGGUUGCCCCUCUUCCAGGCCAGCUCUCUGCUGUGGCCCGGGAGUGCAGUGGAGGAUGGCCCAAGUGGUUGGGCCCUGCACCUGCAUGGGAGACCAGGAGAAGCACCUGGCUCCUGGCUUUGGAUCAGUGUGGUGCGGCGGCCACAGCGUGCCAGCCACAGUGGCCAUUGGAGGGUGAACCAACGGCAAAAGGAAGACCUUUCUGUCUCUCACUCUCUCUCACUGUCCACUCUGUCAAAAAAUAAAAAAAAAACCCUUUUGAUGUAAAUCACACCUCUUCAAACAUAAGAGAAUUCACAUGAGGAUUAAUUUUAUGGAUAUAAUUACUCAGAAUACCAGAAUUCAACUCUCAUUGCUCACCAUGAAAUUCAUAUAGAUUGUAGGUUGCCUGGCUGUAAUGCCUUUGGAAAGCUGUGGUUUCCAAAUUGCAACAGCCUUAAUUUUUGGAGUUCUUGUUACUCUGGCUAUUGUUGACCCAGCAGAUCUGGUUGUAUUCAUUAACUACACUGAUGGUGAACUCCUUGGUAGUCAUCUCCACCACUGUCUCCACCUUGGUUCUGAAAGCCUUCUUGGUUACCUCUAGGGAGACUUCCAUCAUGAUAGUGCUGGAAGCCAUCACCACCUAGAAACUGCCAUCACCUCAGUAAACAUAGCAGUUUUCAGAGAUGGCCCAGCCUUGUGGCUGCUUCAUUGUAUUUCCUCGCCAGCUUGUAGGCUUCUCCUCCUGCAGUCCAAUGGACAGAAUCUCAUCCAGGAAGUCCCUGAUGUCUGGCAAUGUGAAUGCAGCUUUCAUUUCUAAGACCAGAUGAUAUCAUUUAUCCAUCCCAUCCUCAUCAAUUUGCUUUUUUAUUCUGUCUUUUAGGUCCUUCACAGUGGUUUAAUAUCAUAAGUAAUCUUGUUUUAUGUGUUCAGUUGAAUUUUAGUUGAUUUUUCAAGCUAGCAGAAAUCAUUAGAUCUUUAUGACAAACAUUAUACAAACAACUUAUAGCUUCUUAUAUGUGUUACAAAUAACAGUUAAGCAGAUGUUAAAUCCAUGUUUUCACUGAACUAGUGUUUUGGUUCAGAUUUUAGGUGCAGGGGUUAGUUCUAACAUGGUAUUUGAACAAAAAUGUGCUGUUUUAUCAAUCUUUCAACUAGAUUUUUAUUCCUUUACAUCAGAACUCCACAUUUUUUUAAAAGAUUUUAUGUAUUUGAGAGGUAGAGUUACAGUAAGAUGGAGAGACAGAGAGAAAGGCUUUUCAUCCAUUGGUUCACUCUCCAAAUGGUCACAACAGCUAGAGCUGUGCAGAUCUGAAGCCCGGAGCUAGGCACCUCCUCCCAGUCUCCCACAUGGGUGCAGGCAGCCUGCUUUUCCACACCACAGCAGAGAGCUGGAUUGGAAGAGGAGCAGCCAGGACUAGAACCGUACCCCAUGGGAUGCCAAUGCCACAGGUGGAUAACUAACCUACUGCAUCAGAGUGCCAGCCCCAGGACUCCACAUUAAUACAUUGUUUCUUUUCUCUGUUUUCUAUCAUAUAUCUAUGAGGUUGAAAAUCUUUGUAGAGAAUUCCUGUUUUAACAUUACUCUUAUGGGGCCAAUGCUGUAGCAGUGAAGCCACUGUUUGAAGUAGCAGCAUCACAUAUGGGCACCGUUUUGAGUCCUGGCUGCUCCACUUCCAAUCUAGUUUUCUGCUAUGGCCUUGGAAAGCAGUAGAAGAUGGCCCAAGUCCUUGAGCCCCUUCACCCAUGUGGUAAGACCAAACAAAGCUCCUGGCUCUUGGCUUUGGGUUAGCUCAGCUCUGGCUGUUGUGGCCAGCUGGAGAGUGAUCCACUGGAUGGAAGACCUCUCUCUGUCUAUCCUUCCCUCUCUGUGAAGCUCUGACUUUCAAAUAAAUCUUUUAAAAAAUUAACCUUUCCUAUGAAUUUCCAUUGAAUAUUCCCAUAAGAGAUACUAUUAAGCUUUUUACCCCCUUCAUUUGUUUUUGAAUGUAUUUCUUGAGUCUAAAAUAAUUUUUGUUCAAUUAUUUAUUUUUCAUUUGGUUUAAGAGCAGAGAUAGAUUUUGAGAAAGAGUGUGAUCUCCCACCCACUGAUUUACAAUUCAUAUGGUAGCCAGGGCUAAACUAGGUCAAAGCCUGAAGCCAGGAACUCAAGCUAGUUCUCCCAAAUAGGUGGCAGUUUUCCAGUCACUUGAGCCAUCAUUUGAUAAAUCCUAUAGUAUCAGGAUGGUGAAUUUGAUUGCUGAACUAGAAUCCAACCACAGCCACUGCAGUAUGGGUUGGGGUAACUCUAAACAACAUGUUACAUGAUGUACCAAAUGCCCAUCACUAGUAGACUUAUCCUUAGUGUCUGUUUUCUAGGUCAGUAGUGUUUCUGCCAUAAUUUUGAGAAGGGUGAUUACUUUUAGUUUUGUUCCAUAACUUUGCAAAGAUGUGCUGUGUAAGUUUUCCAGAUUAAUUUGUAAUUUUACAUAAUAGCCCUUACAGAGGCUUGCUUUCACAAAAGAGCUGAAGGGUGUGAGUCCUCAAAAUAAUUUAGGGGCUGGUGUUGUGGCAAGCAGACAUUUGUAGCACCAGUAUCCCAUAUUGGCCUCAAUUAAAGUCCUGGCUGCUCUACUUCCCAUCCAACUUCUAGUAAUUUGCCUAGGAUAGCUGCCAAAGAUGUCCCAAGUCCUUGGGUCCUUGUACCUAGAUGGGAGACCUGGAAGAAGUUUCUUGAUCCUAGCAUUGCUUUGGCCCAUGUCUGACCUUUGUGAUAACUUGGGUUGUGAAUUUGUCGAUAGAAGAUUCUCUCUCUCUGUGUUUCUGUGGAUUCAUUCUGAGAGGAGAAGCAUGAUGGGGGCAAGGGGCAUGGAAUCAUGACACAGACACUGGGAGUGGAGUAGAGGUGAGCAGCUCGUAGAAUUUUUUUUAUUUCGGUGCAGCAGCUUAUAUAGCCAAGGUAGCCAAUCCAGUCAAGGGGCAGUUUAUGCCAUAACCAAGCGCUGCCUGUUGCUAGGUAGGAUCCUUUGCCAGGUUGGAUCCGCCACCAUUUCCUGAGCUUGCUUGCCAGCACCAUCUUGGAUAAAUAUGCAUAUUCCUUUUCUCCCCACUCCCUUUGUCUCUCUUUGUAACUCUUCCUAUCAAACAAAUAAAUAAUAAAUAAAUAAAGGAAAAUGAAGAA